AUGAGCAAGGAUUCGCCCAAGAGCAACAGCAGCGGCAGCAAGAAAAAGCGCGCCAAUCACCACCACCAUAAGCAGCACCAGAAGACGAUCAAAUUUCGCUGCGACUACUCGUCGACGCCGCUCAAAGUCCUGCAAUCGCGAGGAUGGAGCAGAAUACACGACAGCCAAGACUCGAGCUGGGACCUGUGGUGGUGCGACACGAGCGACCUGCGCCAGGCGCUGGACGCCCAGCGACUGAGACCCCAGCAGCGGGUCUCGCACUUUCGCAAUCACUGCGAGCUCACCCGCAAGAACUAUCUCUAUCGCAAUCUCAAGCGCUACAGGCGGCUGCUGCUCAAGGCGGGCAAGACGAAGGAGGCCGAGCUGUGCGACGCGAUGCCGAUCUCGUUCGAGCUGCCGAGCGAGUACAGGAUGCUGAUCGAGGAGCACCGCAAGAAGCACGGCACCACCUGGAUCGUCAAGCCGUCCCAAGGAUCGCAGGGCAGAGGAAUAUUUCUGUUUCAACGGCUGCGCGAUCUGGUCGAGUGGAAGGGCAAGGAGUGCGUUCAUCCCAGCAGCGAUCUCGCGGAUUACGAGCCGGGCAAGGAGCAGCCAAGUCAGAUGAAUUACCUCGUGCAGAAGUACAUCGACGAUCCUUACCUCAUCGACGGCUGCAAGUUUGACCUGCGCCUGUACGUACUGGUCACGUCGUUCCAGCCGCUCAAGGUCUGGCUCGCCCGCGAGGGUUUCGCUCGUUUGUCGGGCGAGCAGUUCUCCCUCGAGCGCAUCGACGACAAUCGAGUGCACCUGACCAACAUGUCGAUCCAGCUGCGUCAACCGCGACCGUCGACCACGUCGAGCUCCGUCAACAACAACGACAACAACGAUGCCGGCGACAAGGACUGCGUCAACGAGGUGAAACUCGGCCGGAAGUGGCCACUCAGCUGUCUGAAAAAGUACCUGUCCGAUCGUCACGGCGAGCAAGUCAUCGAUCAGCUCAUUCACAAUAUCGCCGGCAUCAUCAUGGCCAGCCUCCAGGCGGUGCAGUCGAUCAUCAUACCGGGCAAAAAUUCCUUCGAGCUGUACGGCUACGACGUGAUACUGGACGAGCGGCUGAAGCCGUGGCUGCUGGAGGUCAAUGCGUCGCCCUCGCUGAGCGCCACCGACUCGCACGAUUUCCGGCUCAAGUUCGACCUGAUCGACGACGUGCUCAACAUUCUGGACUUCGAGAGGCUGUUGACCGGCAGAGAGACGAGGGUGGGCGGCUUCGAUCUGCUCUGGAACGACGGCCCCGUGUGGUACGAUUGCGGCACCUACAAGAGGCUGAACAUAUUUCUCGGCGCGCCGAACGACAGGGUGGAGAAUCUGCAGGAGCUGAGGGAUAAGCUGAAGGCCAAGAAGACAACGACGACGACGACGAUACCGAGCGCGUCGAGAUGAAAAGUCUCUUGUAAUAUUUAAUUAAUUGUAUAAUGUCCCCGCAGCGAGUCGUAUAAUAAGUAGUGUCAUGUAAACACGACGAUAAAUAGUUUAACAAAAGUCGAGAGAGAAAGAGAGCGAACAAAAAAAAGUGAUACAACGAUCGUAAUAAAGAGAGACGAAAGGAAACGUUUUGUGUUGCGCAUAAAAAAAAAAAAAAAAA